AUGGCGCUGCCAGCCAGCCUGCUGCCCCUGUGCUGCUUGGCACUUUUGGCACUGCCUGCCCAGAGCUGCGGGCCGGGCCGCGGACCGGUUGGCAGGCGCCGCUACGUGCGCAAACAGCUUGUGCCGCUGCUCUACAAGCAAUUUGUGCCCAGCGUGCCCGAGCGGACCCUGGGCGCCAGUGGGCCGGCGGAGGGGAGGGUGACACGGAACUCCGAGCGUUUUCGGGACCUUGUGCCCAACUACAACCCUGACAUCAUCUUCAAAGAUGAAGAGAACAGUGGUGCUGACCGCCUGAUGACCGAGCGUUGCAAGGAGCGGGUGAACGCGCUGGCCAUUGCGGUGAUGAACAUGUGGCCUGGAGUGCGCCUACGGGUGACCGAGGGCUGGGAUGAAGACGGCCACCACGUUCAGGACUCACUCCACUACGAAGGCCGUGCCUUGGACAUCACCACGUCUGACCGCGACCGAAAUAAAUAUGGUUUGCUGGCGCGCCUGGCAGUGGAAGCUGGCUUCGAUUGGGUCUACUAUGAGUCCCGCAACCACGUCCACGUGUCCGUCAAAGCUGAUAACUCACUGGCAGUCCGGGCAGGCGGCUGCUUUCCGGGAAAUGCCACCGUGCGCCUGCGGAGUGGCGAGCGGAAAGGGCUUCGGGAACUGCAUCGCGGUGACUGGGUGCUGGCGGCAGAUGCGGCAGGCCGGGUGGUGCCCACACCGGUGCUGCUCUUCCUGGACCGAGACUUGCAGCGCCGAGCCUCGUUCGUGGCUGUAGAGACAGAGCGGCCUCCUAGAAAACUGUUGCUCACACCCUGGCACCUGGUGUUUGCCGCUCGAGGGCCAGCGCCCGCUCCAGGCGACUUUGCACCAGUGUUCGCGCGCCGGUUACGCGCUGGAGACUCAGUGCUGGCGCCGGGUGGGGACGCGCUUCGGCCGGCGCGCGUAGCCCGGGUGGCGCGGGAGGAAGCCGUGGGCGUGUUCGCGCCGCUCACCGCUCACGGGACGCUGCUGGUCAACGAUGUCCUGGCCUCGUGCUACGCGGUUUUAGAGAGUCACCAGUGGGCGCACCGCGCUUUUGCUCCUUUGCGCCUGCUGCAUGCUCUGGGAGGGCUGCUCCCCGGCGGUGCAGUCCAGCCGACUGGCAUGCAUUGGUACUCUCGCCUUCUCUAUCGCUUGGCGGAGGAGCUAAUGGGCUGA